CAGGAAUUUGUUUCACGAAGUUUUGUGCAUUUGGGAACAUUUAUUAGUGACUUGAGUAACAAACCAUCGUAAGGUGUUUCACAUUUGACGACGAUGUUAGAUAAAAACAAAGAAUGUGAUAAAAGUUGAUGUAUAUCUUAGGCAAACAGGUGAGUUUUUUUCAUUGACAAAUGAUAUUUCUAGGUGCUCAACAUAAUUACUGAUGCUUUAGAAUCUGAGAAAGGGAUCGUCAUCAUAGAAGAUUCAAACAUGGCUGGCGGGGGAUUCACGGUUAUAGAUCCAGCCGCUGACAUCGAGGCCAAGAUAACACUCUCAGUUAUCAUCACUUGCAUUGUUGCUGCAUCUAGUGGACUCAUUUUCGGCUAUGACAUUGGAAUUUCAGGAGGUGUUACUACGAUGGUACCAUUUCUCCAAAAAUUCUUUCCAGAAGUUCUAAAAAAAGCUGCGAGCGCUGAAAAAGACACAUAUUGUGUGUAUGAUAGUCAGUUGUUAACGUUAUUUACGUCGUCUCUAUAUAUAGCUGCGUUAGUAACUUCUCUAACCGCUAGUCGGGUCACAGCGUGUAUCGGCCUUAGAAACACCAUCAUGUUGGGUGGUGUCAUCUUUCUUGUGGGUGGUGCGGUUAAUGGAGGUGCUCAAAAUGUUGCUAUGCUCAUACUCGGUCGCAUAUUUCUAGGAUUUGGAGUCGGCUUCACUAAUCAAGCUACUCCAUUGUACGUUUCGGAAGUCGCACCACCAAAAUGGCGAGGCACAUUAGGCACGAGUUUUCAAUUUUUCGUACAAAUAGGCAUUGUGGGUGCCAGUAUGGUAAACUCAGGCGUGGCGCAACACCCUUAUGGAUGGCGAAUUGCCCUUGGCUCAGCCGUGGUUCCAGCAGCAUUGAUCACAAUCGGCGCCUUCAUUAUAACCGACACGCCAACCAGUUUGGUGGAACGUGGGAAGAUAGAUCAUGCCAGAAAAGCUUUGUGCAAAGUGAGAGGCUCAGACGAUAUCCAACUCGAGUUAGACGAACUUGUUAGACGAUCAGUAGAUGCAAAAUCUAUGAAGCAAGAGCCAUUUGCCACCAUAUUUGAGAGACAAUAUCGACCUCACUUGGUUAUAGCAGCUCUUCUCCCUCUUUUUCAUCAGUUUACCGGGAUCAACAUGAUCGCAUUCUACGCACCUAACCUUUUCCAGUCCACGGGUUUCGGACAAGAAGCAGCCUUGCAUGCUCACGUUGUACUCGGAGUAGUUAACUUUGCUUCAAUCAUUAUCUUCUCUAUCAUUGUUGAUCGCGUUGGUCGAAGAUUCUUGUUCUUAGUGGGUGGUAUACAAAUGCUUUUUUGUCAAAUUGCGGUAGCUGUUGUGCUGGCAGAGGCGACCGGUCUUCACGGUAUGGGGGGCGUAUCGAAAGGCAACGCGACAUUGUUAUUGGUACUAUUUAGUUGCUACUCUGCAGGUUUUGGUUGGUCAUGGGGUCCUCUCGUAUGGAUAGUUCCAAGUGAAAUAUUUCCAAUGAAAAUCCGAACAAUUGGACAAAGCAUAACUGUUUCUAUGCAAUUCAUAGCUAUAUUUGUUACAUCUCAAACAUUCUUGUCAAUGUUAUGUCUCAUGAAGUAUGGUGCUUUCUUGUUCCAUGCUGCUUGGAUUAUUGUCAUGACCCUCUUCAUUGCAUUCUUCUUGCCUGAAACCAAAGGACUUCAUAUAGAUUCAAUUUCUGCUUUAUGGUGUAAACACUGGUAUUGGCGCUACUUUGUUAAGGGAGAUGAUGAGAGCCCAAUUCAGCACUGAGUUUUCUGCAGUUAGAUUUAGUAUAAAAAUCUACCACAAUAAUGUUUAUUUGAUAUGAGAGUAUAUCUCUAUUCAAGUCAUCAAAUGUUCUGUCAUUUCAUCUUCUGUGUAUAUGCUUUGCAUCAAAUUUAUGAAAUUCUUUUUGUAACUUAUAUAUACCUUAAGAAACAUUGGAGUAUGUUAAAUCAUAAUAUAGUUAUUGGCCCAU